CUAGUCAGCAGCCGGUCGAGUCAAGCUCAUAAAUUGUUCAAGGGAAAACAAUCGCGUCCCUGCAGUGCAAAGUGUCGCAGAAUAUGUAAAAUAAGCUUUUAUUCGAAACCGUGUUCUUGUGUUUUCUGUACCUCGAACCCGGGAACAACUUGAGCAACUGGUGAACAGCGAUUUUCAUUGACGGGACCGUCUCUGAAUGCUGUUCCGAUUAGUGACGUACGAAGAUAGACGUAUCUUUAACUAAAUAGAUUUGACCCGCCGAGAAUGAGUACGAACAAUAAGCAGGCUCUCUUCGCGUGCUCUAGGUGUUUCUCCAGACACCCUUUCGAGGAGCUAUCGUCCGGGCAACAGCUGUGCAAGGAAUGCAGAGGCGCAUUCCCUGUCGUAAAGUGUACCUACUGUAGAUCAGAAUUUCAGCAGACAAUAAAGGGUAACACUAGUACGAUAUGUAAAAAGUGUGAACAGAAUGUUAAGGCCUAUGGAAAGCCAUCAGCAUGCGAGUACUGCAAUACUAUUGCAGCAUUUAUUGGCAGCAAAUGUCAAAGAUGCACAAACUCGGAGAAACGUUAUGGGCCACCAGUGACCUGUGAACAGUGUAAACAGAAGUGUGCAUUCGACAGACAGGAUGAGGAUAAGAAGGUUGACGGCAAACUGCUGUGCUGGCUAUGCACGUUGUCAUACAAACGAGCUCUAGCCAAAACGAAACAAUCGGAUGCCGAAAGAAGGGCUCAUUUGAAACUGGCACAGCAACGCGCGGCGAAGCACAAGGAACAAAAAUUAAAAGGUCACAAUAAACGACCGCAAAGGGUGGACGUAACCAAGUUGCCACCACAAACCGAAUCCAAUGAAUCCAACGGACCUACUCCGGUCAAGGUGGCUCGAAUGGCAGGAGUCCAUGACCCCGACCCUAACAGUUCGGACCAUGUGGUCGCUGUCACACAACUCAAGGAGAAGAUCGCCCAUCUUCAGAAGCAGAUAUCCCUUAAAGAUGGACAACUUUUAUCAAAAGACAGACAGAUAACCGAAUUGAAGGCGAAAAAUUUCACGGCCGAGACAGAAUUACGUAAUAAAAUGAAGACUAGCGAGAAAGAGUAUGAGAACAAGAUCUCAAAUAUGCAACAUAAGAUCUCGAGUCUACUUAAGGAGGUAGCUUCCUUAUCAAAGAGUACGAAACGUGGCGACAGGGUCGCCGCUACCAAGAGCGAAGCAGGGACCAAUAGUGGGAGUGGAACCGACAGUCCUGUACCUUGAUAAGGUGGGUCCUCCACGUCAAGGGAUUUCUUUUAUACACACAUUCUAUUUUUUCUAUCUACUGCUUCCUAUUGAAUCACCAUUGGAUCACAACUGAUCUCACAGGGUCGUUUGUAUUUGAUUCUCAGAAUCUGAAAUUAUUCAUGAAUCGCGGGAGACCGAUUUGUCUCCAAAAAUUGUAACUACGUUAGGUCCGAAAGGUGGCUUUCGAGACACCACUACACUGUGUGUAUAAAUUAAUGGAGUACUGGUUUAGUGAACUUCGUCCUGGUGUGUCGUGAUAAAUUUCAGCGGGCUCCUGAUCGUCAGAUGGUUUUCCAGAAUUCCGCAGACGCAGCCACGCGAAAGGAGCUACAAGACUCGACGAGAUUUUCCGAAAUUCCUUUGAAAAACUCAGACUCCGGCCGUUUAUUAUGCACGCCCGCUGAAACGCGAUAACACGCGAUACUACGAUAAUUAGCUAAUUAUUUCUAAUUGACGAAUUUGUAUUAUUUUUUUUUAUUAAUUGCCUCCUAAAUGGAACGCGUCAGGCCCAGAACGCGCGGAACUGUCCCGUGUUGCGAGCCAAGUGCAAAUGUAAAUUAACGUGUUAACGAGUUAGUUAAUCAAUUACUCUCUUUACGUUACGGGGCUUCGUGAUAAUCGCAAGGCUUGCUCUGAAGGAGGCCAACUUUUAUCGUUGAUACGCAAUCGAGACUCCGUCUAAUAAGAUUUAGAGCGAGACAUAAAGAGGAAGGGCUUUGAUUACGUUUUCUACUGUUUGAAAAGGAUGCAAUUUUCGUGGAUAACGGUGCGCAAUGGUAAUCCAUGUUUCGGAUGGAUCGUUUAAUGAAACGUCUAUAAUAAUGCACCGAUAAACGAAAACAUUAUACAUUUUUAAGUAGGAUGUGUAGUCACGGCCAUUUUACUUUCUACGGCAAUGAUAUCAAUUUUCUUUCGCACCCAUUAAUCGGGCAAUCGCAGUAAUUAGAGAUUUAUUUUGUAAUACUACCUUCUAAUUGUUUGACACCGAUGACGUACUAGAACUAAAAAGAAAACGUUGAAGACACGUUCUAAGGUAUUUCUUCGACCCUUUCUUUUGUUUUUUACGUUGUCGAAAAGUCACGUAAGAUAAAUGUUUAAAAGGCUUCUUGGCCCGAUAAGAGUUUCAUUUUAUUCGACCGAGACGAUAGGGACGAGGUUGCCACGCGUCGAUGUGUUUUGCCGAUUCGAUGGAGAGAAAAAUUUUAUAAAUGUGUAUAAAAAUACCCGAUCCGUUGAAAAGAAAAGAGGAAAGAACUUUUGCCAAAUACGUGGCAAAAGGUUAGUCGAUUACGUGAGCAAAUUUCCGCGGUCAAAGGGAAGUACUAGCAAACUGUGGACAUCGUCGCGUUGGGAUAAUUAAAUAAAAAGUAAAAUGUCUUACGGAUAAUACGGUUGCUGCUGCGAAUUAAUAUUUAUGAUCAAUGUAACGACGAUGUUCUACAAAUGGUGAUUAUAGAGAACUUUACAAUAAAAUGACACGAAACUCUGCA